UGUAUAUUUUUGAGCUUGUGUCAGCAUUGUGCAGCGCGAUCGGAACCGCGCCCGAGAGAAUCGGUGACCGAAGCUCCUUAACAAAGACUUGCUCAUUAGUUUCACAACUACAAGGAAGCUCUGUUGCGUCAAGAGCUGCUACUAUACAGCCGAUUACCUCGAAGCCACUGCGUUUGUCAGCAGUCAACUAAAGAUGCCGGGCAAGGAGGAGAACGACACUCUGGAGAAGAGCCUGAAGGAGCUCAACCUCACGAGCGAUGAGAUGACCAAGUUCGAAAAGGCAUUUAAGGACCCGGAGUUCAUAAAGCUGUUUGAGGAGUACGCCAAGGAGGUCUCGGACCCCAAGGUUAAGGCGGAGACGGACGCCUACCUCCGCCAGAUCGAGCAGCAGGGCCGGGCGGAGGACGUGUACGGCGCCGGCACGCAGCUGAUCGUGCCCGACCCCGCCGGGGCCGUCAUCAAAACCAAGGUGGUCUCCUCCUCGGCGAGCAAGAAGCAGCAGCAGGAGCAGGAGAAGCAGGAGAAGGAGCAGCAGCAGCAGGCCGCGGGGGCUGGGAAGCCGGAGGGGCCGGGGAAGCAGGGGGCGCUGCCUGUGGGUCAGAAGGUGUUUAUCAACAUCUGCACCUGUGACAAGUUGGAGCGCUACAGCCUGACUGACGCCCAGGACCCGGCCACGGGGCGUCUGCGGCCCAAGCUGACCAUCCCGCUCAGCCUGGGGCCAGUGCGGCAGGGCGCCGACAAGCAGGGUGCCCCUGCCGCCGUGUACGACUUCGUGGUCCACCCUGACUCGUGGACGUUCGCGGCGGGCAAUGCAGCCGGGCUGGCCACACUAGCGGACACGGCUCUGGACCAUGUGGAGCAGGUGGGGCGCUGCAGGCUGGUGCGGGCCUGGAAGCGGCUGAACUGCAGGUACAAGGGCACGGAGGGCGCCGCGGAGCCGCCCGUGCAGUGCAUUCGCACCAGCGCCGCCGCCGCGGCGGGGGCGGCGGGCGAGGGCGCCGGCGGCCGCGUGCGGCCGCGCCCCGACGUGCCGGGUGUGCCGGACCUUCCGGGAGCCAAGACCGCGCCGCCGGCUGCGGCGGGGGCGGCGGCGACAGCCGCUGCUGCUGCGGGUGCUGCUGAGGGUGGGGCUGGGAGCAGCAGCCGCAGCACGUUCUCUUUUGACAAGUCGAGGAAGGCGGGCGGCACGGAGGCGGCGGGAGCGGUGGCUAAGCAGGAAGCUACGAUCACGGACCCGGCGCGGCCCGGCUACCGGCACCCGGACGGCGCCGUGACGCCCGAGUGGGGGCUGCUGCACCGCGGCGAGGCCGACCUGGGGGAGGCCUGGGGGGACGCGGGCAAGGGGCUGGCGGCGGGGGGCCGCGUGCCCAAGGAGUUGGUGGUGCGGGUGACGCUGCCCGACGUCUCCUCCGCCGCCGCCGUGGAUUUGGACGUGGGGGCGCGCUGCCUGGCGCUCACGGUGCCGAACAGGUACCGGCUGUCCGUACAACUGCCGUACGGGGUGGAUGACGCCAAGGGCCGAGCCAAGUUCGACAAGGCCCGGAAGGUGCUGGAGGUCACACUUCCUGUCGUACCCCCGCCGGCGCCGCCGCCGGGCGCGGCGGCGGCCGCGAGGGCGGGGUUGGCGCUUAUUCAGGAGUUGGGUGGAAGUGAGGAGGCAGCGGAGGUGAAGGCGGAGGUGGAGGUGGAGGUGGCGGAUGUGAUGGGUCGGGAUCAGGAGGCGGCGCAUGCCAAGUCAGAGGCAGGGGCGGGGGCGGGCGUGAAGUCACCACACACAGCCGCCGCGGCGUCGUCAGGAGCGGCACCGGCACCAGCAGCAGCCUCGGAGGAGGAGGAGGAGGAGGAUAAGGAGGACGGGGGGCCGGCGGCUGGCUCCGGCGGCGACCCCGCAGCAGCAGCAGCCGCUGCGGGCGCCUCCUCCGGGCGGGAGCUCACCGAGAACGAGCGCAAGUGGCGGGAGCUGCAUGCCAGGCAGCAGCAGGAGGAGCAGGAGCAGCAGGAGGCGGCGGAGGCGGCUGCAGCCGCCGCGGCCGCGGCCGCUGAACCCUCGUCUCGAUCGCAGCUGACGGGGACAGUAGCCCAGGGCGGGGCGGCGGCGGCGGCGGAGUCAGUAGCGGCGGCGAAGCAGCAGGUGCAGCAGCAGCCUGUGGCGGCGGCGGCGGCGCCCACGGCGGUGCUGCGGCCGCGGCUGAAUCGCGAGUUGGCUAUGGAGUUGGAUUGAGGGACUUGUGGGAUAAGGGGGGACAAGAGGAAGAGGAAGAGGAGGAGGAGGAGGAGGAGGAGGAGGAGGAGAGGGAGGAGGAGUGAGGUGCUGCUGAGGGCGGAGGGCGCAGUGAUGAAUGGCAGAGUGGAGCCGCGUGGGGUUGUGUCAGGGUGUGGAGUACGGGAGCGGUGCGUGCAAAGAAGUGCGAGCGGAGUGCGGCGUGGCCUUGUAGAAUCGGCAGCUUGGCCUUGCGAAGGGACGACGGGGCUGAUGGGAGAGAGCGCUGCGGGGCGUAAGACCAUCAUUCCGGCGGCUGCGGCUUCCGACCCAACCUGUAUCAACCAAAACCACAGCCUUCGCUAACCCUGAGCACCUGACAGCUAACAAGACAAUCGACCCCGC